UUGAUAACAGCUGUCCGUCAACAUUGUGCCUAUACAACUUGUAGGAUUGAAGUGCGAUAAAACCGAAUGAUUGUUGUCCUUCCUCAAGCUGCAAAGUAAUAAAGAAAUGUUUUAUAUAAAUACGCCAGUGCAGUGAUCAACUGGUGUCAGUCAGCAUCUUGAGGCGACACGACAGAAAGAAACGUUUAUGUAGAGGUUCUGGUACUGAAGGAGCUCUGCAGGAUCCAUCACCAUCUCAUAACAUAUAGAUGCAAGGUCGGUUGAUGAUGUGUUUUUAUGAGGAAGGAUAUACUAUGGGCUUCAGGAAGUGAAGUGGUGUACAGAUGUUUCUUCAGUGCUUCAAACAUGUUAUGUAAAAUUGCACUAAUGCUAUUAAUUUUCACUGGAAAAUGUGCAGCAGAGCAUUUGCUACACAUGUCGGUUGAAGAAGUAACAGCUCACAAUUACACAUACUACAGUCUUUCUUAUGAAGGAUACAUCAGACUUUAUCUGUACUCCCUAAGUGGCGAUGCUGAUCUGUAUGUAUCACAGUAUGUUUCAAAACCAACAUAUGAUCCAGGACUGAACUGUGCUCAGUCAACAACAUGUGGGGUGGAUGUCGUAGAUAUUCCAAGAAGUUUCAGGCGACCUGUUGGGAUUGGAGUCUAUGGCCAUCCGUCACAUGAAAGAAGUGAAUAUCGUCUUGAAGCAUACUAUAUUGAUGAUGAACAUGAUAGUGGAGAUGUAGAUAUCCGUUCCUCAGGCACUGUGGAGACUGGGAGCACUGGUGUACCAAAGAAAAAGAAAGCUUCUGAUGACACAACUGACGAAAGUGUGAUAUGGUCAUUCGUAUUUUACAUUUUUGAAGUUGCGUUUGAUAUAAUGUUUAUUUGACGAAUUUGAUAUUUGCAUUUGUAAUGUUCCUGAGAGUCCAGGACAGUGAAGUGAAUGAAACAAAGUAUUUCAUUAGUGAAUUCAGGACUUCUUCCUCCAGAAACAUCAGUCAUUGGUGUUAAAAGGUGAUGCUAGUGUGCUGUGAAUAAUGAGCUUUCCUGUGAUGAAUUAUCACAUUAUCCUGUGACAGAAUGUGUCUGAUGAUUUUUAUACUUCGUCCAUUUAGAUGACUUUCCACUAAAUAAUUGUGCUUGAAAUUAAUAUUUCAAGCAUUUGAACAUUAAUUCCCUCAACUGUUUAAUUGUAAGACAUAAUGGCUUGACUGAGUAUUGUGUGGAAUUACACUGCACUGGUGUAGCUAUACUGUGUUAUUGUCUGGAUAGUACAAUAAAUAGUGGCCAGUAUCAAAUACUGCGGCAACAGCUGAAAUUAUGUGCAGUGUGGUAAUCGUGUAUAGUUAAUGCUUUAAGAUGAUUUAAUGUACAACUCAUGUCUUCAAAGUGUGAUAUUCUGAAAUGUGGCACAGUCACUACAUUUCAAUAUGUUUUUUGUCAAACAUUAUUUACGUUGUGCUGAUGGGCAGUUAAUACUCCACCCGUUUUAUGUGCCAUUCGAGAGAAAGGUAUUUGAGUCAACGUACCUGACAGAUUAAAACUAUGCACUAAUGUGUAACAUGUGCAUAGUCUGUUUCUCUUGGAAAUAUUAAUAAUAUAUCUAUGUAAUCAACAGUCUCUCUUCGGUGUUUAGAAAAAUAGUUUGUAAGUAUUAGUAGAGUGAAGCUUUGAAUUAAAGUAAGUGGGGUGCUCUGAAGAAUCAGACGAAAGAGGCUUCCCUGCAAUAGGCAAAUAUUAGGGUUUGAAGUAUGAUUCACCAUGUACCUUUAAUCUGCCAAAAAAUUUAAUUUCAACAUACAAUCCCUCCACUGUAGUGUCAGGUACAUUAAUGACAUUAAAAUAUUUUGCAUGCCAGAGAGAACUAUUGUGCUUAGAUUAUUGUUAUAAGUUUCUGGUAGGAUGGUUAUUCUUCCUCUUUCAGACUUCCCAGAUUUUUAUUGUAUGAAUUGGUAUUUCUGUACCAAAAACACUAUUGUUUAUCACUGUCAAUCUAUUGAACUACUGAUCUAGCCAGUUAGUUCACCUAAGUCAGUCACAAAGGGUUGUUCUCUGCUUUACGCUUCAACAGUCUACAGUCUAAAACUACGAAGUGCUGAUGUCAAGUGAAUAUUCUUAUAUACUGAAUUUUCUUGAUUCAGAAUCUGUUUCUUCAGAAUAUGGCAUUUCAUCUCUAUAUUGCUUCUUGUAAAUAUUUUUUCUUAGUUGUUUCAAUGUAUUUAAAUGGAGAGAGUAAUAACUGUGUGUCACAGGUCUGUAAUUGAAGACAGUGUAAUUUAUGUUUCUACCUACAUGGCAACAUCUCUUUUUUACUAACAAGGGAACCUCCCCAUCGCACCCUCCUCAGAUUUAGUUAUAAGUUGGCACGGUAGAUAGGCCUUGAAAAAGUGAACAC